UCUUGAGAUUCAGCCGAUUCCUUCGCCAGUGAUUCAGCAAGAUCCUGACAUCGUGGAGUAUAAUAGCACGGCUGCACCAAUUCACUGCAUACUGGCGUGUCCAUCGCACUAGGAUUAUUGUGCCUGUUUCUAGGGCAAGCGGAAAAGAGAGUUCAAGAGGGCCACGCUGGAACAGACAUAGCGCUGCGGGCACAUGAGUGCAAGUGAGUGAAAUUGCUCGAGCAACCGUAUGGGCCAUUGUACCGACAGUCAUGGCGUCUUCACUGCUCGACCGACUCUCCAUAAAACCUGCGGCUCUGUCUCUGCUCAAUCGCCUGGGGCACGCUGCUGCGUCUCCUGUCUCUGCGGAGGACGCUGAUUCUGCAUCCACGUCCAUUACAGAAACCGACAUGGGACCCAGCCCCACGCUCUUAGGUGUCCCGCUCGAGCCGGUCGUCGAGAACGGAUCAUUACACGAUAUCUCGUCGAGCCCAGAGACACUGGUGCCCCGCACAUUUGAAGACGAAGGCGACACAGUACAGUUCUCCCCUGUCUCCGAGACCGCAGUCGAGAACUUCCUGGCUAGCGUGCUGGAUCCCAAUCUCGUCGAUACGCACAACCACCACGCGGUCUCUUCUGGUCCUGAGCAGUCGGAAUCAUCAGAAGCUCCGCGGGACGCAUCGUCUGCUUCGACCUCUUCGUACGUGCUGGAGGAAUGCCGGCGACUGCUGGUCCCGCAGGUCAUACGCAACGCGCAGUGCCGGGAUCCUCACGUAGAUUACGAGGUGUUAGCGGCGCGCGUCCAGGAGCUGGCUACAGACGAGUGGUGCAAGGAAAUGGUAGGCCAUGCUAAAAGGGUCGUCUCGGAGAUGCAAAGUCGCGGGAUUGUGCACGGUAACGACAAUACGCAACACGUGGAAGCGGCCGGCACUGGCGGCGGAGGCGGGAGUCGGGCUGGCGUCAAGAGAGUGCGCAUAGAGGACGAAGCGAAUGAGCCGCAUGUGCGCGGGAGCAAGAUCCCUCGAACCGACGGCCAACUCGACGCCGCCGCUGGUCGCGGACGCUCACGAGACGAGACUGAAAUUGGCGGAGCUGCUCAGUCAGAUGCUCUAUUCACUCUAGAUUCUGCGAUCCGCAUCGUCAAAGAUUGUCUGGCUCCAGAUGAGACUCCGGCGAGUGGUCAGCCUCAUCGCCCUUUGUCUGCGGCACCCCAGAGCAUGCCGGACACUCCUCUUCACGCACCUGCGAGCGGAUAUUCGUCUCAGAGUGGACUGUCAGCAGCUGACAUUGAUAAAGAAGCGCCCUCAAUUGCUACACUUGAACCCAGAGCCUCAUCCGAAGACCAGUUGGCUGAUAGCCCUCCGUUGAACCGCGUCCCCGGUCUAUGGGCCAUGACAGUGGGCAGCAAGAUACCCGAUAUUAGCAUGAUACCAUUCAUUGUCGAAGAUGAUACCGCUUCUGCGGCCCAUCGAUGGGCGCAUAGGGAUAUAGGCUUCGACGAUACCGAUACUCAUAUAUCGGUGCACCUUCUCUGCCUCCCGACGGCCACUGUCGCUGAAGUGAACCGGAGCUUGGAUCCUGCUGCGUCGCCGGCGGAAGUUGCUGCAGCGUUAUGGAGGAUUCCGACGUCAUGGCCGGCCAAAGGGACGCUCGUCAUAGAGGCGAAUCCAGGACAUUCAGUGUCCUCUCAUGCCUUCCUCCCAAGUGUUCUGGGCGAAAUUAACGGGCCCCUCGACAUCACGGCCCAUAUACACGCAGGCGAAAACGUCCUUCGCUUGAUUCAGCUGCGCGACACGUCGGAUCAUGUACGCCAGAUCUCGGCAAUGGCUGCAAUUUCUCAACAGGGUGAUUUCCACCUCGGAGAGCAGAUCAUGGCCGCAACUUCCGGCUUCGAUUUCGGCUGCAAUGGCUAUGUGACCCUACAACAGACAUUUUACUCUCGUUGUCAUCCUUUGUAG